GCUUAGACUGUAGUAGUUGUGUUACGCUCCGGAAUAGAGAUUAAGUUCGCUCGUAUUCGAUGUUAACGUCGUUAGUGCGCUAAUUUUGUGACAUAAUGAUUUUGUUAAUACUACUUUUAAAUGCAGUGUUAGUGUGUGGUCGAACCUUAACCAGUUUGGACGAGGCGCCAAAAGGAUGCGAGUGGCAAAUUCAACCAUUAGAAGAUUCGUUAAGUAGCGAAGAACCCGUAUUAUCCUGUCAAUUAAGAACGAUCGCCGGUGCCGACGCGUUAUUAGGAAAUUUAACACAACUUCAAGCGGAACGAGUAACGUCUCUGAGGUUAGAAUGUAGCGAUGUUUUAUUUUUCGAAAGUACUCUGGAACCGAAUAAACAUCAAGGAAAUUUCUUGUCGUCUUUACGUCGGCUUAAAGACUUACGGAUUGAAUAUUGCAAAAUUCGUAAUGUACCCGCCGCGGUUCUUUCCGCUUUAAGAGAUUUAAGACGAUUUUCUCUACGAUCUCAUAACUCCGACUGGUCCGCGAUGACGUUGGAACUUCAUCCUGAAAGUUUUCGUGGAAUGGGAGAACUUCGAAGUUUAGAUCUUGGGGAUAACAACAUAUGGAGUACUCCUUCGGAGCUAUUUUGUGCGCUGUACAGCUUAACCAGAUUAAAUUUGACGCGGAACAAACUUCAGGAUAUAUUGGCGUUGAGUUUUUCCGAUUGGGGUAACGGCCCGUUGGCACCUGGUCAUGCGUGCGUUAGCGGUUUAAAAGUUUUAGAUCUCUCUUAUAAUAACAUCCUAGUAGUGCCCGAUAACGGUUUAUCUGGUUUGAGAUCAUUAGAAGAGCUUCAUUUGCAAGACAACUCCAUCGCUACGAUUGGAGAUCGGGCGUUUGUAGGCCUGAAUUCUUUGCAAACACUCAAUUUAUCAAGUAACAGCUUAGUCGCUCUGCCACCGGAAAUGUUUUUAUCUUCCCGAAACUUAAAACGGCUGUACAUCGAAAAUAAUUCACUUAGUGUUCUUGCACCGGGUUUAUUAGAGGGGUUAGAUCAAUUAGAGGUGCUUGAUUUAUGUUUCAAUGAACUGACGACGCGCUGGGUUAACCGCGAUACGUUCUCAGGUCUAGUUCGCUUAGUUGUGUUAAACUUGGCUCACAAUGCGUUAACGCGAAUCGAUUCCAAUGUGUUUCAUGACCUUUACAGUUUACAAAUCCUCAAUUUAGACCAUAAUAUGAUCGAUUUCAUUGCGGAUGGUGCGUUUGUGGAAUUAAAAAAUCUACACGCGCUGACUUUAUCUCAUAAUAAAAUGGUCAGGAUUGAAAACUACCAUUUCUUCGGAAUGUACGCUUUGCAUCAAUUAUUACUUGACUUGAACAAAUUAGAGUACAUUCACCCGCAAGCUUUUGACAACAUAACAAAUCUCCAAGAUUUAGGUUUGAAUGGAAAUUUUCUCGGAGUUGUUCCAUCGGGAUUAGGUAAACUGAGAUUUCUAAAAACCUUAGACUUAGGCAAAAAUGUCAUUGAUUCGAUAAACCAUACUUCGUUUGAGGGAUUGGAUUCAUUAUACGGAUUAAGACUAGUCGACAAUCACAUUGUUAACGUUUCACGAGACACAUUUUCAACUCUGCCCUCCUUGCAAGUUUUAAAUUUAGCAUCUAAUAAAAUACAGUAUGUAGAGCAGAGCGCCUUUGCGAGUAAUCCGACACUUAAAGCCAUCCGACUCGACAGUAAUGAGCUGACAGAUAUAAGUGGGGUGUUUACAAACUUGCAAAGUUUAGUGUGGUUAAAUGUAUCGGGUAACAAGUUGCUUUGGUUCGAUUAUAGCCACUUACCCUCAAGUUUGGAGUGGUUGGACAUGCACAAUAACCAAAUAGCCGAUUUAGGUAACUACUACGAUGUUCGAGAUUCGCUUAGAAUCAAAAUGUUAGACGUUAGCUUUAACUUUAUCACCGAAAUUCAAGAAAAUUCGGUACCGGACAAUAUCGAAACAUUAUUUUUGAAUAACAACAAAAUAACCAGUGUGCAAUCGGGUGCGUUCUACAAGAAGCCUCGUCUGCAAAAAGUCGUUUUAUAUGGCAACGAAAUUCGAUAUUUAGAUCUCAAAGCGCUUAGUUUAAGUGUUGUGGACGAUAAUCAAGAUUUGCCGCAAUUUUAUAUCGGUGGGAAUCCAUUUUACUGUGAUUGUACGAUGGAGUGGUUGCUACGCGUCAAUCACAUGAGCAGCUCGCGGCAGUAUCCCCAGGUCUUAGAUCUCGACUCGAUCAGCUGUGAAUUACCGCAUUCCAGAGGAGCACCACCGCAGCCCCUGCUUGAUUUACAACCGUCCCAGUUUUUGUGUCCAUACGAAACGCACUGUUUCGCAUUAUGUCACUGCUGUGAUUUUGAUGCGUGCGAUUGCGAAAUGACCUGUCCCACAAACUGUACGUGCUUUCAUGACCACACAUGGACAUCAAACGUAGUCGAUUGCAGCAAUGCAGGUUACACUAGCGUCCCUACUAAAAUUCCCAUGGACGCUACUGAAAUUUAUCUCGAUGGCAACAAUUUGGGCGAGCUCGGCAGUCACGUAUUUAUUGGCAAGAAAAAAUUAGAGGUUUUGUAUUUGAACAAUAGCAACAUCGACGCGCUUCAUAAUAGAACCUUUAAUGGUGUAAAAUCGCUAAAAGUUCUACACAUGGAAAAUAAUAAAUUGGAAGAACUGCGAGGGUUUGAAUUCGAUCAGUUGGAAAAGCUAAAUGAAUUAUAUCUCGACCACAAUAAAAUUUCGUACGUCGGUAAUAAAACUUUUACAAGUAUGCGGAAAUUGGAAGUGCUAAAGUUAAAUGACAAUGAAAUCGUGAACUUUUCACCUUGGCAACAACUGGUGCCGCCAGUCGAUUCGGGAAUUACUCCGCGCGUAACUUUAGACGGCAACAAGUGGUCGUGUGACUGUGCUUCUCUAGGACGUCUGUUAUCAUGGAUUCGCGAGACGGGUGGCAACCUAGAAAAGAUGUUUUGUGCUGACAAAGGUAAUCAGCGUACGCUUUUGGAUGCAAUUACUCUUUGUGGAAAUACAAACAGCAACGCUAUUGCGACAUCUGUAAUACAAAGGGAAAUUGUCACGACAAAUCCGCUUCUCGGUGGAAAUUACGUACCGCUCCUGGCAGCAACUCUAGUUGCCGUUAUAAUCGUGUGCCUUUUUGCAGCCGUUGUGUUUGUUUUUCGGCAAGACGUUCGCUUGUGGGCACACUCUAAAUACGGGAUUCGCAUUUUUCAAGAGAGCGCCAAUAUAAAUUCCAACGACGAUCGCGAUCGCUUAUACGACUGUUACAUGAUCUACAGCCACAAAGAUGAAGACUUAGUUACACGAGCAAUUGCUCCAGAACUCGAACAGUCGGGCCACUCCCUAUGUUUACACUACCGCGACCUCCACUUACUUAACAGUGCUUCCUAUUUAAGUGACGCGAUGGUGGGUGCGGCCGACGCCUCGCGACGGGUUCUUCUGGUUGUAUCCCCAGGAUUCAUCGCGAAUGAGUGGUUACGUCCCGAUUUCCGAUCAGCACUCCAAGCCGCCUUGCGCAACAUACACAGACAUAAGCUGGUAUGUUUGCUCAACGGCGACCCGUUAGAACCCAUGGACUCCGAACUGAGAGUGCUCCUCCGAGCCUGCUCAGUUACGCGAUGGGGAGAGCGGCGCUUUUGGGAGAAGUUACGAUACGCCAUGCCCGAUGUGGUAAACAAUAGGUCAUCUAGAGUUAAGAAAUCGUCAGACAUCAGGUGCAAGGUAAACGCCCGAUACACCGCAGCACCCACCGUUCCCGAUUCGUGGUACAAAUACUCCACCAUGCCACGCAUCCAUGGAACCGCACUUACUCCAACUCCAACCCAAAGCACUUACGUAUCCGGCGAAUCGGCCCGAAGCACAGAAGAUGAAGCCGGCUCGAGCACCAGCAGCCAGCACUACGGAUCUGAGCAGCUGAAUCACAGCUACGUCUCCAUCGACGGGCGGCCACCUCAGUAUUCGCAAUUUCCAACCCAGUUCCGGGAACCGCAUCACGUCUACUCCACCAUUCCCGACUCGCAAACCCAGCCGAGGACUUAUUUUGUGUAAGUGACUUAUAGAUAAAAAAUUUUGAACUUCUAUUUUAAUUACCUACGUGAUCUUACUUGUGAAGCUUAUAAUACCUAUUCCAAAUAUUUCUAUGUGUAAAUUUUGUAUAUAGUAAAUGAUUAUUUAUUAUCUCUUUUAAUGUAAAAUACGAAACGCUUAUUAGUCAUUAUUUUUAAGACUGUACAUAUGCACCCUAACUUUUAUUAAGUUACUUACUAUAUAAUUCGAGACUGUUAGAUAUAAUACUUAAAGACUUCGUAAAACUACGUCAAAUAAAUAAAAUUUAUAUUUACGA